CCAUUUAAGAGGAGUACAUGGACUAAUCUAAGUAGUCGUCGAAAAAAUGUUGGUGAAUGUCAAACUCAAGAUGACGUGUAAACAACUAGCGAUCAACAUAGUUAACUUCUGGAAGUGAAUUAUGAAGUGGACCAAAAUGGAAGUUCCCUGUUCCAAACAUGAAUUCUAACCAACCAGAAUUGGAGAUAUCUUUAACGUACAUCGAUCCGUACGAAGGACACUCAACAGUUGAACUACAACGAAUCCAUCACAAGCUGAAAAACAGCAUAACAAAUCAAUUGCUCAGCAAUGAACACAAGCUUGCCCACAUCGAUGACCGACGGAAGGAUCAAACUGGAGCAAGGAAGAAGCAACGGUUAAGGUUCGGCAGCUUUGAACCACUUUUUAGAAUAGAAAAGUUCACUAAUUUUGCGCUUCUUAUUUUAGCCUUCGAAAUAUAUUCUACACCAAUUUUCGCGUGGUGGCACUGACUGGUGGAGUUACUGCACUAGUUGUUCUCUUAUUUUUCGCGCCAUAUCUAAACUGCACUUGUCCACCGCCACGAGCUUGCUAUGGGUCCUCCUCCUCCUUCUACAACCGAUGUUGGCGUUACCUGCUAGCUCUGGCAGGAUACGAGGAACAAUUCCGCUAUUAACAUCUUUACACCCUCGUAAGCAGAAUGUGCAACACAAUUCCUCGGACCGAAACUAGCGUUCUGGCGCUGACUCUUAAAAUUCUUGUGAAGUAGUGAUUGGAAUUCGAAUUAAUUAUGAACAAUCGGCCCGAACACGAAUGCGUCACACGGAGGAGAGCAACCGUACCAUCAUAAUAUUUUAGCGGUAGAGGUAUGUGCGGUGCUGCACGAUGGACGAGGAUAAUAAAUGGUAAUUUUCAUAAAAUGAUAACCAAUUCCCAUUCGACUACGUGUGGGUUUCAAUUACCCACGAUGCAUGGUCGGUACAGAAAUGAGGAGCAAAACGGUGGAAAAAAGCUAAUAAUUUGCUUUCAAGGAUAAACUUUCUUCCCUAACCGCUCCUGCUCUGAUAGACCGCUUUUACCCAUCGAAUAUCUAAUAUUCUAUCGAAUUUCAAUCGAACCGUUCAUUCUUUUACCAACUCUUCAGGACAGUAGAUCAGUUUCAUGUUAGAGAGAACGAUUGUACAUAGAAUUCCAUACUGAGGGCCAAUAUGUUUGUGGUAUGUCUUAUCGUGUUUGGGAUGGCGUUCCGGCCAACAGCUUCAACCAAUAUGACACAUCAGGCGCAGGAAAGCAUCACGAUCGGGAUAGUGAUAGUCCACGAAAAGGAACAACCGGACAUUCCUACGAUGGUUGCUGAUGCACUGAAGAAAGUGUCUGCCAAAUACAAUGGAGUUGAGCUCAAGGAUUACUACAUCGUAUACGAUCGGGAACGUCUACAGUUUGGUGAUGAUGAACAGUUUUGUGAUGCUCUUUCUCAGGGAAUUUCAAUGCUGCUGGAUGUGACGUGGAUAGACUCGAGGUAUAUAUCUAGUGCGGCGGAAACAUUCGGCAUUCCCUACUUCCACGUCGAUCUAUCCAUCCAAACGUAUGUGAAGCUUAUGGAAAGCUUUUUACUGGCACGUGCUGGCAACGACGUAGUCUACAUUCUGCCCACCCCGGAAGAUGUUGAUGCAACGAUUUAUCUGCUCAUAGUGGACUCCUACCUUCGAGCUAUCGUGUUCGGAGAACUUGACGAUGAUACGGUGACCCGAAUUAAGGAUCUUCGACCUUAUCCCUCGUUUUACGCCAUAGUGGCGGGAACGAUGCAAAUGAACGCCAUACUGCACCAAGCCAUCGACGGGGGACUGGUGCGUAAGCCGGAAAAGUGGAAUUUGCUGUUCACCGAUUUGCAGACCGAUAAAUACGCGCAUGAGGACACUUUUCCCGAGAUGCAUCGCUUACUGCUGGACCGAAGCGCUUGCUGCAUUCUCAUGCAACAAUCUGCUCCUUGUGUCUGCCCCGAGUCGUUCGAUCCAAUGCACGUACAUCUAGCGAAUGUACUGGACGCAAUUGUCGGAUGGUCGAUCGACACUGUUCCAACGCAUUUGGUGCGCGCGCUCAACUGUACGCCGGAAUUAGAUCAAGAGGAAGUGGCACGUAUCAGUACAGCCCGCGGAGACCUGCUGAGCCAGAUGGCUUUGAUGACGCACUUUUGGAUUGCUGAAGACUACAGCCUGAUACGCCCGAACGUUAAUCUCUCGGUUAUCAGCUCAGCCAAAACGAAUCAGAUCAUUGGAAGUGUAGCGCAAGGCCAGUCGGUGGUGCUGGCGGGAAAUGAAACAUUUCAACCCAGCAAACGGUUUUUCCGCGUAGGAACAACGGAAUCCGUCCCUUGGGCGUAUCGCAAGCGUGAUGCGGGUGGCAAAGUUCUGCGCAACCCGAUCAACGGCGAACCAGUAUGGGAAGGGUACUGUAUCGAUUUCCUGCAUCAGCUGUCGAUCGUUAUGAACUUUGACUACGAUCUCGUUUCCCCACGGAACGGGACCUUCGGGCUGCGCGAUCCGGACGGCCGGUGGGAUGGGCUGGUGGGUGAUUUGGUAACGGGCGAGAUUGACUUUGCCAUCGCUUCGCUCAAGAUGACUGCCGAGCGCGAGGAGGUGGUCGAUUUCGUCGCGCCGUACUUCGAGCAGACGGGCAUUCUCAUAGCCAUGCGCAAACCGGUUCGCGAAACGUCACUGUUCAAGUUUAUGACCGUGCUGCGGCUGGAGGUUUGGUUGAGCAUUUUGCUUGCGAUCGUGGCCACCGCCGUCAUGCUGUGGCUGCUGGAUAAGUUUUCCCCGUACAGUGCGAAAAACAACAAGGACGCUUAUCCUUACGAGUGCAGAAAUUUUACGCUCAAAGAAAGCUUCUGGUUUGCGCUGACCUCCUUCACCCCGCAGGGUGGCGGCGAAGCACCGAAAGCCCUGUCCGGCAGAACGCUGGUCGCUGCCUACUGGCUGUUUGUGGUUCUGAUGCUGGCCACCUUCACCGCAAAUCUGGCCGCCUUUCUCACGGUCGAACGUAUGCAGACGCCUGUCCAAUCGCUCGAGCAGCUAUCACGCCAAAGCCGUAUCAAGUACACGGUCGUAAAGGAUUCCGAUACGCACGACUACUUCCGUAACAUGAAAAACGCGGAAGACGUUCUGUACCAAAUGUGGCGCAACCUGACGCUGUCCAGUGGAAACGAUCAGGCACAGUAUCGCGUCUGGGACUACCCGAUUAAGGAGCAGUACAUCAACAUCCUUUCCGCGAUCGAAUCGGCCGAACCGGUCGCGACGGCGGCCGACGGAUUUCGGCGCGUCAACGAACAUCUCGACGCGGACUUUGCGUUCAUCCACGAUUCGGCCGAAAUCCGGUACGAAAUAUCGCGCAACUGCAACUUCACCGAGGUGGGCGAAGUGUUUGCCGAGCAGCCGUACGGGAUAGCGGUGCAGCAGGGCAGCCAUUUGCAGGACGAGCUGAGCUACUUCAUACUGGAGCUUCAGAAGGAGCGUUACUUCGAGUCGCUGACGGCCAAGUUUUGGAACAACAGCGCCCGCAGCCAGUGCCCCAACACCGAUGACAGCGAGGGCAUCACGCUGGAAAGCUUGGGUGGCGUGUUCAUAGCGACGCUGGUCGGACUGGCGCUCGCCAUGAUCACACUGCUCGGCGAGGUGAUUUACUAUCGGCGCAAGGAGAGCAAUCGAAACUUUAUUAAAGUGGCACCGUUCGGUAACGUGGACAGGCCGCCGAUAGAGCGGAGCGACAAGCGCUUUGCACUGAAGGAAAAAUCGAUCGCCGCGGUAAAACAUCUGCUCGAUUUGGACAGCACGCCACCGGGUAACCGGGCACACGGCGGAGCAAUGAAAAUCGGCACGAAAAGAGAGAAACCAAUACCGAAGGAAAUUACGAUCGGCAGUAAGUUUGUAUCGGCGGCCGAGAAGCAGCAGAAGCUGUCCUACAUUGCCAUCAUGCCCAGGAAUCCUAUACAUUAGCGAGCUGCUUUUGCUCAGCAAAUGAACGGGCGAUACUCGAGCACCAUUUGUAGUCACAUAGGAGGGGGGGAGGUUGGAGCACUAAGAUUUUUCACCUAAAAAUGCAAUAAGACAAAUAAAAUGUGUUAGCCACGCAUGCGACGAAUAUCAUCUUCGAUUCGAUAAAAGCAUUGUCCCAGCAAAGUACGCAAAUCCUUGCGAAAUUGGAAGCGUUUCGCACACAAGAACAGUUUUGUUACGCACCUCAAAAACCCAUCCGAAGUUGCAGCACAGCACAGCACAGCAUUGUCCAAAUUAUUUUCAUCGGUCCAUAUAUCGCAUGACCCGGAGACAUGAAGUGAAGUGAUGCCUCUUUUAGCCAAACGGUUGUGUGAACUCGGGUCUCUCUUGAUGCAAUACCCUGGCUCAGCUCUAUUCCAGCUAAUCCCAGAAAAGUCCAACAAUUGUUAUGGAGCACCCUUACGGUGUGUGGGGUGAGGUGAAGGUGGUAGGUAUAGCUAUUUUUAACUCUUGUUCGC